UAGUACUAUGAACUUUAUAUAAACAUUCAUAAUCCAAAUGAGAACGACUGGCUUCAUUUCAAUCACCACUGCUAACUUCAACAAGUCUCUUCAAAGUCUCAAUAGUUACGACACUGCAUCAAUAUACAUCACUCCACCACAGCCCCCGACCCUUCACGACCACCCCGUCCACCGCGCUUCCGUGUUCGGCGGGGCGUGCCUCCCUCCCCGCUGUGCAACACCCUCCCCUCCCCUCCCCCGUCGGCGGCGUCCUCCAGUGGCGCGCGCCUCCCUCCCCGCUGUGCAACACCCUCCCCUCCCCUCCCCUCCCCCCGUCGGCGACGUCCUCCAGUGGGGCGUGCCUCCCUCCCCGCUGUGCAACACCCUCCCCUCCCCCCUCCCCCCCGUCGGCGGCGUCCUCCAGUGGGGCGUGCCUCCCUCCCCGCUGUGCAACACCCUCCCCUCCCCUCCCUCCCCGGCCCCCGUCGGCGGCGUCCUCCAGUGGCGCGCGCCGAGAAUCGAUGCCCGUCGGCGUCGGCGUCGGCGUCGACGGGGAGACGACGGACGGUGGUCGGCGGAGCGGGUCCAUGGAUGGCCGCGCCGGCUGAGACUCUUCUGGUGUGGGUCCUGCUGCUGACUCAGGUCGUGCCGUGCCCCCACCCGAGGUCAGGUCACCACGCCUGCUCCGUCCGACGCUCCUAUGUCGCCAGAAAGAUCAUCGAGUCGCGCUGGCUGCCGGUGGUAUCCCGGUACAACGUCUCGCUGCCGCUGCAGUGUCCCCUCCACCCGGCCCGGCUGCGGUACUCCCACCUGCCGCGGCGCCGGCACGGCCAGCGCUGGCGGUGUCCCGUGUGCGGCCGUCAGUUCAGCAGGGAGGUGCUGGUCGAGUACCACCACCGCGCCGAGCACGCGGCGCCGCCGGACCGGCAGGAUGAGACGCUGGUGUGCGCUGCCGACCUGUGCGACAUCCUCCGCUGCAGUGUCUACUCCUACGUCCUCACCUCGAGCCGCGCCGACCUCGAGAGCACCGAGCUCGAGACAGUGGCGCCCUCAGCAGAGGCGCGGCGCGCCGUCCAGCCGGCUCGCCCGCGCCACCUGCAGAAAUAUUCACAGGCUCGAGUGCUGGCCGCGACCGAUAGAGGGCAGUGUGCGCGCUGUGUGAGCUCCGGCCCGGACGGAGCGGAGCGCUGCUCCGGCCGGCGGCCGGCGGACAAUGCGAGUCUGUCUCGGACGGAGGGCUGGUGGUGGACGCCGUGCGCCUGGUGGUGGGUGGGUGACGUCACACCGCCGGCGAGUGAUGACGUCACGGCCGAGUGUGAGGAGGAGCGCGAGGAGGGUGACGUGGAGGACCCGGCGUGCGACCCCAGCACCAUGGAGCGGCUCAGGAAGACGUGUGAGACUCUCAUCACCGACUGCGUGCUACCGCUCAUUUUGCAAUUAUCGCCGGCCGAGUUUCGGGCCAUGCGUGAGGAGCUGAGUGGCGCCACCUGCUGGUACCUGACCUGCGACCGCUACUGGGAGCGCUCGUUCGUGGUUCACCGCGCUCUGCCCUGGGGGCCCAUCGCCGUGGCGCUCUGCCUUCUCACUCUGCUGCUCUGCUAUUUCUACUACCUGCUCUGCUUCGCCAGGGGGGAGAAGCGGCCGGAGACGGGCAGGGAGUUUAUCCAAGUCAAGUGUCCGCACGAGCUCAAGCGGCGCCUCCUGGAGCGAACAGUGAGCCGGGAGCCAGCCCGACCAAGCCGGCCCAACGACCUGUUCGCCAUAUACGACGGCGACUACGAGCUGGCAGCGCCCAACCACGUGGACUACUAGAUAUGUGGCGUGGAGGGAGACUAAAGGACUAUAAGGACAGGAGACGGGCGGGGAAGGGGCGUAUCAGUCGCGUACUAUAGACACCGGACUGGGAUGAUAUAAGAAGGUACGCAGUUUAAGUGUGCAGUGUAGAUAGUUCUGACACACCCAGGAAGCGAGCGUUCUAUGUGUCACGAGAACAGAAUCAGACUUCUUUUUUGGUCUGCCGUCUUAAGACACUACAAAAAUCAUGUCUACUAAUAUAGUCCUAUAUGGACCCAACAAGAGUACCCCGACUUAUUGAAUCCAAUUGUCCAGUUGUCGUUAGGACGCCCAAUGCGCUGCCUUCUUUCGUCAGCAAUUGUGACAAGUGACAUACACUUGCGACCAUAUUCUUCAAUCAUCAAAGCAUGUCGAGCAUAUGGAUAUACAUAUGUGUGUGUGCUCUUGUGCGUGUGUGGAUUCGACUUUUAGGCGUAUUUGGGCGAGUGCGACCUACAGUUGGUCGAAUAAGUCGAUAUAUGCGAAGGACGGAACCCUACGCUGCCACUGACGCCUACCACAUACGCUUAAAUAUCUCGCGGCUAUCAUGUCGCCUUUUGUACUAUUUUCGCCACUAGGCUACUUCGUAAGGAUUCCCCGCACUUUGGACAGUGUGGGCUUUGCGGCCGUGCAAUCUUAGGAACCAUAUGCACGCUUGUCGCUUGAUGUUGCAUGCAAGUAUCUGUGUGUAUCUGCUCCCGCGCUUUGUGGCUGCAUUGGUCUCAUCUCCCGUUUCCAUAGCGUAUCCCGUUAUUUGCUCCCAGUGAAAACAUGAUAUUAUUUCAGCGUGUGCGGUGAUCAGCUCAAGUAUGAAAUGUUUUGCGAGGCUGUUAGUGAAUCUCACUGUAUUUAUUAUGCUUUCACCUGGCGAUUAAGUUGCAUUGAUAUUUCGAUGGAGAAAGAGUAAAUAUGUCGAGAACCUGUCAUCAUUGCAAAAUAAAACAUUUUUGUACAAAA